AUGACGCAGAGGGUCUCAUUUAUGUCCAGCCAGCGUCGUCGCCGUGACCUGAGCACGGCCUUUCUCCUCCUCUCGCUUGUUCUUGUUUCGUCUCUCCACGCGGCGUUGGCCUAUCGCUUCUCCGCGGGGCUCCGAGCGGACAAGCUGCGGGGGAUGAUGCGCGGAUGGGCGCGAGGUGGAAGCUCGACCGGCCAGCCGCAGCAGCAGCAGCAGCAGAGCGGCGGAAUCAGUGGAAGCGGUAUGGGCAGCGGCGGAAUGGGUGGCGGCGGAAUGGGUGGCGGUGGAAUGAGCGACGGCGGCAUGGGCGGCGGCGGAAUGGGUGGCGGCGGAAUGGGUGGCGGCGGAAUGGGCGGAAGCGGCAUGGGUGGCGGUGGAAUGAGUGGCGGUGGAAUGGGUGCCGGUGGAAUGGUUGGCGGUGGAAUGGGCGGAGGCGGAAUGGGCGGCGGCGGAAUGGGCGGCGGCGGAAAGGGCGGCGGUGGAAUGGGCGGCGGCGGCACUGGUGGCGGCGGAAUGGGCGGCGGCGGAAUGGGUGACGGCGGAAUGGGCGGCGGCGGAAUGGGCGGCGGCGGAAUGGGCGGUGGUGGAAUGGGCGGCGGCGGCAUUGGUGGCGGCGGAAUGGGCGGCGGCGGAAUGGGUGGCGGCGCAAUGGGCGGCGGAGGCAUGGGCGGCGGCGGAAUGGGCGGCGGCGGAAUGGGCGGUGGCGGAAUGGGAGGGGGCAUGGGCGGACCUGGUUCCUCUGCUCCAGGUUCGCAGUCAGCCAUGGGUCCUGGGGGAAACAUGGGUGGCGGCGGAAUGGGCGGCGGCGGAAUGGGUGGCGGCGGAAUGGGCGGAGGCGGCAUGGGUGGCGGCGGAAUGAGCGGCGGAGGAAUGAGUGGCGGCGGAAUGGGCGGCGGAAGCAUGGGUGGCGGUGGAAUUGGCGGAGGCGGAAUGGGCGGCGGCGGAAUGGGCGGCGGCGGAAUGGGCAGUGGCGGAAUGGGUGGCGGCGGCGGAAUGGGCGGCGGCGGAAUGGGCGGAGGCGGCAUGGGUGGCGGCGGAAUGAGCGGCGGAGGAAUGAGUGGCGGCGGAAUGGGCGGCGGCAGCAUGGGUGGCGGUGGAAUGGGCGGAGGCGGAAUGGGCGGCGGCGGAAUGGGCAACGGCGGAAUGGGCGGCGGCGGAAUGGGCGGCGGUGGAAUGGGCGGUGGCGGAAUCGGUGGCGGCGGAAUGGGCGGCGGCGGAAUGAGCGGCGGCAUGGGCGGACCUGGGUCGUCUGCUCCCGGAUCACAAGCAGCCAUGGGUCCUGGGGGAAACAUGGGCGGUGGCGGAAUGGGAGGCGGCGGAAUGGGCGGCGGAGGCAUGGGCGGCGGAGGAAUGGGCGGGUCAGGGUGGUUUGCUCCAGGGUCGCAGGCAACACCCGGCCAGGGUGGACCUGGGAUGGGCGGAGGGAUGGGCGGAGGGAUGGGCGGAGGGAUGGGGGGAGGGAUGGGGGGAGCCGGGGGCAACAUGGGAGGCGGGAUGGAGCUUGGGUGCAGCAGCAUGCUCACUGGUGCAUGGGCGCUGAGCUGA